AUGAGCGAUAUAUCCUUUCCAGAAACAGAUGCAUAUUCAAAGAUCUACGAAUUCAUUCUGUCGGUCGAUGAAUGCAUUAAGAACUCCACGCAGAAGACAGAUGAGGCACAGAUGCAAAUACUCAGAGAUAUAUCCGGGGUAAUAAACGAGACCGAAAAGAGCCAGGAACCCCAUAGAUAUGCAAACCUGGCUGCAAAGACAGUGCUCAAUACAAUAUGCAUGAAAUAUGAAGACAAAUAUUUGCAGAACUCGUUUGGAAACUCCACAAGGCUUGACUACGGAACAGGGCACGAACUGAACUACCUUUGUUACUUGUACACAAAGUACUUCCGCAAUGAGAUAGAGAUUGAGUGCAUAUUCACUACUCUAGUCAAGUAUUUUGAAGUCGUUCGAGAGUUUGUUAAGAAAUUCAAUCUAGAGCCUGCUGGCAGUCACGGUGUGUGGGGACUCGACGACUACCAGUUUCUUCCAUUUCUAUUUGGGUCAUCCGAGCUUGCCAAUCAAAAGCUCCAGUUUAACGAAUUUAACGAAUUUAACGAGCUCCACAGAUUCGGCAGAAGAGGAUGCUAUCAGGAAGCAGUAGCCAAUAAACUUGGAGGAGCAUCCCAGAUCCUCAAAAGCAUCACGGGGAAGGACUGGGCAGUCAUUAACAGAGGAAUGAUCAGGAUGUAUGACGACCAUGUCCUAAGACGAGACGUCGUAACACAGCAUUUCAUUUAUGGUGCCUGUCUACAGCAGAAAAGAUAUUCACAAGAAACGCUUUAUUAA